AGAUCAUUGAAAUUCAUCAUAAAAUUUUUCUCAACAGCCUAAUUUCCUUGCAUAGCAGAUAUUGAUUUGCUGGUGUUGUCAAAAUUGCUUUAGAAUCGUGAAAAUUUCUGAGUUGGUUAUUAAUCCUUAUUCAGUAAGACUUGUAAACAUUAUUCCAAAAUACCUUGCCCUGUAGAGCAUUUCUCCAUAGCUGAAAAUUUAGGGCAUCUCGUGAAAAUUUAAUUGUGGCUCCGUGAACCAUUCCCUGGAUAACGUCAUCAAAGUUCUUGACGACUGAAGCGUUGCUGUGGUGCACAUUGAUGGCAAGUUCGAAGGACCGGCGCGGUGGUGGGGGCGGUGGAGGCGGUAACUACGACCACCCAGAGCACCACCACCUGCAUGAGUCCUCCAGCGACACCGACCACACGCCCGACGCUGACGAGCGCCGGCAUAGGGCCUUCAGGAGCAGAUUUGGAUACAGUGCCUCGUACCACAGCUCGUCGCCUAAACGCAAGAGCAUCCUGGUGCAGCGCGACAGCAGCAACGGCGCCCAGCAGUUCAGAGGCACGCUGGGCUCUGCUCUGUCCCCUCCCAGGUCCAGUGACUCCAGCAAGCACCGACAUCAGGGGACCCGCAGCCGCAGUGGGGGACUGUCGCGGGGUGUGCUGGGACAUUCGUCAUCCCAUGACGACUCUUCCCCUCACAACUCGUCCCACACGUCCCCUCAUCCCUCACCCCACUCCUCCCCUCUCAUGCACUCCCGCAUACCUGGACACCAGCUGAGCAGCAGCAGCAGCAGCGGCGGCACCAGCAGCGCCACCACCACAGCAGCGGCGGAGUACAGCAGCUGCAGCGACAGUCGCGUCACCCUCGUCGUGGACGGCACGCGCUUCAUCGUAGACCCUGCCAUCUUCACAGCCCACCCUGAGACCAUGCUGGGCAGGAUGUUCACGUCAGGCCUGGAGUUCAGCAGACCGAACGACCGCGGCGAGUACGAGAUCGCCGAGGGCUUCAGUGCCGCCGUCUUCAGGGCGCUGCUCGACUACUACAGGACAGGCGUGGUCCGCUGCCCUCCGUCAGUGACGGUGCAGGAGCUCAGAGAAGCCACGGAUUAUUUCCUCAUCCCCUUCGACGCCCACACCGUCAAGUGCUGGAACCUGCGCGGGUUGCUGCACGAGCUAAGCAACGAGGGGGCGCGGGAGCAGUUCGAGGUGUUCUUAGAGCAGCACAUCCUGCCUCUGAUGGUGGGGGCGGCCCAGCGCGGGGACCGUGAGGCACACAUCGUCAUACUUCUGGACGAUGACACCGUAGAGUGGGACCAUGACUACCCUCCCCAGAUGGGCGAGGAAUAUACCAGGACUGUGUGUUCAACUGCCAUGUAUCGUUUCUUCAAAUACAUCGAGAACAGAGACGUUGCCAAGCAGGUGCUGAAAGAGCGAGGCCUGAAGAAGAUCAGGCUCGGUAUUGAAGGCUACCCCACCUAUAAAGAGAAAGUCAAGAAACGUCCAGGUGGUCGUGCUGAGGUGAUCUACAAUUACGUACAGCGGCCGUUCAUGCGUAUGUCCUGGGAGAAGGAGGAAGCCAAGAGUCGUCAUGUCGACUUCCAGUGCGUCAAGAGCAAGUCAGUGACGGACCUGGCGGAGGCGACCACGGACCCCGCACCGGAACGCGUCGUGACCCUGGACCCUCCCCCGAUGCUGCUCACCAUGGACGUGGCUCGUGCUCAGGACCCCCUGCGGCACGACGCUCGUCCUCUUGCUCCUGCAGUGCUGGAUGCCGCCGCUGCAGUGCCUCGAGCGCUGCCCGCUGCAUCCAAUGCUGUGCCCGAGGGGCUUCAUGCGCACCCUGUGCCGCAAAAAGAGGGUGAGGCGCUUGCUCAGAGACCUGCUGAGCUGCAGGAUGAAGAUGAUGCUGGAGGAGCGGCACUUGUUCUUGACAGGAAUCUUGCGGCGGCCGCUGCCGCUGCUGCAUCUGGAGGCGUGUCCCAGCCCUCUGUAGCUGAGAUUGCUGUCCCUCAGGCGGCCGCUGCCGACGUUCCGCCAGCAGUACACAGAAGCGCACCAGACGCUGCAUUGGAAACCUGUCCUCCUUUGCCUCCCACUGACGCCAAGCCAGACGCUGGCCCAGCAGAAGGAGGCGCGUGAUGCCGCGAGCUUCGUCGAGGUGCUCCGCGGGCUGCUGCUGCUGGCGCUGCUCCGUCGUGCUCAUUGGUGCUCUCGAGUGCUCGCGAGUUUUCCAGCGCUAUCGAGACCCGAGGUGCUCUUGAGGCCCAGAGUGCUCAUGAGGUCUCUGGUGCAUAUAAUUUUGAGCGUGAUACAGUGCAGUCAGUUGCAUCAGACUAUCCCGCCGUGACAGAGAUGCCCAGCGUAACAGCUGUACCAAGCAUGGCGAGGGCAUCUAGCGUGGUGACAGCGCUGCCCAGCAUGACGGUUGUAUCAGUGUUGGCUGGCUCAGUAGCUGCGGCCACUGACGAUCUGCUGGAGGGCGCAGCGUCGCUACUCUGGGAGUUGGUGCUCUUCGCAUCGCAUAUCAUCUCGCACUGAUCCACCACUCACCUGCCAGUGGAUCAUUUCCCACUGAUCCACCGCUCGCCUGCCAGUGGAUCAUUUCCCACUGAUCCACCGCUCGCCUGCCAGUGGAUCAUUUCUCACUGACUCAUCCACGAACGCUGUUUUUUUAUAGCAAAGAAGGUUUACACUAUGUUGAAAUCUAUUUCGUCAAAUAAAUAACCCUAUUUUCAUCAACGUUUUCCCUCACAAUUUGGUAUUGAUAGUUAUUUAAAGUAAAACUUGAGAAAUCCAUGUAUUGUAUAUUUUAGCCAUGUUAUAUGUGAUUGUUUCUCACAUGUUCAGUUAAGGUUGUACAGAAUGUAAAGGAAUGACUUAUAUUGUUGUGGCUAAUUAUGGGCUCAGUACAUUGGCGUUUAAGGUAAAUUCUUGUUGGCGAAUCAUUCUGGGAUUUUACACAAGUUUUGCCCCCUGGAGCUCACUGUGGUUCGCACACAUUGCUUCCGUUACUUGCAGCUCCCGUGGGAUUAACGUCAGCGCUGCACAAAUAUUUCGUGGCGUAGAUAAUGCUUGAUUUUUGCCCCAAAAUAAAAUAUUAAGUUACAGAACACGCAUGUGAUCCGGUCAUUUUCAUGUGCUCGCUUCACAAAUCUCUUGAGUAACAUUCUGAAUAGUUGCCUGUAUAAUUUUCGAACACCUCUUGAUUUUCCACUCCACACCAUCUCUGUUUAAAUUUAUUAAAAGUAUUGCUUAUUGAACGCAGCAUUGAAUGAGCAAAGAUAUGCCGAUUAUACUGAAUGCUUUGCUAAGAUUGAAGUGACAUUUUGAUACUUGUGUUACCCGCGCGUCCCAAGCUCUUGAAAGUCUUUCUUUCUGUUUUUGUGCAGCAUAAUUAUCGGCUUUAUUGCUAUUUACACGUUGCGAUAUUUUUGCCUUAUUUGGAUAUCUUGAACUGGUUAUUUCAUUUACUUGUGUUUAUUAUAAUAUCGCGUUAUAUUUUUUAGGUCCUGAGUGCGAGAUCAACGAUUUGUUGAAGCUACAGGACUUUGUACUGAAUGCAAUGUUGUAUUCGUUUCUUUUCAUUAGUAUUGUAUAUUAUUUGCCUCUCUGGCCGGUCUCUGAUCUAUAUAAACGUGUUUAGUAUGAGAACCUAUCAAUAUGUGCGCUUAUUGUAAAAGCUCCAGUUUGAACUGCAGGAAUUUUCGAACAACGUCGGAAUUGUUUCAAUGCUGGUGAAGUAGUUGUCUUUUUUUCCACUACCAAUUUUAUCGGUGAAUAAACAUGAUCACCCAAUUAGAAGCUGAGUAUUAGAGUUUGUUUUUCUUCUGAAAUUCUAAUGUCGCCUUGGAAAGCAUUUUUGAUGUGGUAUCAGAAUUUGUCUAAUGGUUUUGAACAGUCAAUGUUGAUCCUCCAUUUUAUUAUAUAUUACUACCAGUAAAACACUGACGCCGAGGGAAUUGAGUAAUAAUGUCUUCUCAAAGCGACUUCGUAUUACUUCCUUGCCUUUCAUGUAUUCAUGUAACACGAGUGUGCUCCGCUUCUCAGCGGCAUGAUUUUUUUUCUUUUAAUGCAAAAAUUUUUAUAAAAUAAGCGCUGCUUCACGCGAGGCUGCUACGCUUCUCAGCGGCUUCAUUGUUUUUCUUUUCCUACAAUCAUUCUUAAAAAAAGCGCUGAUUUCGAUGUUCCAUCAUUUUGUUUACUUGCAGUGCUCAUCGUUUUUUCCCUACAGGUGAAAGUUUGUGCUUGAGUCAGCAAUUCCGUCCGCAGUGGCCGACGUUUCUAUUUGAUUAGUUGAUCUCGGCAUUUGUUCCAAUUAUUGGAGUAAUUUCAACUAAUUUCUAACUUUAUCUAUGAUCAGCUCAGCCCUUAAUUGACGUUUAAUGGAAACUUAUUUCAUUUGCGGUAAAUCCUUGUAGAAUCAAUACGAUUACAGCGUUGAAUUUUCGUUUCGACAGUUGAAUUAAGUUCUAUUUCUUCAUGCCUGCUAAUUUUGUUGCUCUAAUAUAGACAAAGUUAGAUUUUCUAAUCGAUGUGAUCAUGUGUGACUAUAAAUGUACGGUACUCGCUGGUAGUAUUUCAACCCGUGUUAAUCACAUUAACAAUUUUGCAGUCCUUGGUAGCGACCUCACACCCUAAUAAAAUUUAGAGUCGCCCCAGCCUCUGGUACUCAAAAUCAGAAGCUGACGCGUCUGUAAAUUUUCAUUGGGCAUCACUGCGACUUUACUUGCCAUGCUCGACGAGGCUGACAGAGGUGCCUGCUGACGCUGUCAGAUGUUAAUGUGUUGCUAUCAGUAUAGUACUUGCACGCACUGAAUUGAAACAUUUGAAAUAAUAUGUUGAUGUUUAGUUUGUGCUGUUCAACCCAUCAUACUUGUUCUUCUUCACUCUUACUACAACAAACAGAUAAUCGCUCCACGCACCAGUGAAGCAUGUGCAUGAAUGUCGCGUGCCAACUGCUACAAUUUUAAUGUAGACGCAACUUGGCCUUCCACGCCUUGUGCAAAUAAAAGACGUAGAUAAAAUGAUAUUUACACAUAAAUAAAUGUUAUUUUUUUAGCUUUAUUUAAAAUGAAAUUGCAAUAGGACCUGAUAGUGAACUAACCUGGAAUUGUUCUCGAAAUCUUUUGUUUCAAUUGAAAUAUGGUCGAACUAAUGCUUCUGGACAGCGUCUCUUUAUAUAACGUACAAUUAUAAGGAAAUUUUAAUAGUCAGUAAGGCGUACUCGUAUUGCUUCACGUGUCAUAGAGUAUCUUUCAACUUCAUUGCUGUAAAGCAUUUUUUUAUAAUGGGAAAUGCAUCGAAGAGAUCGACAGUAUAUUUGAGAGGUACGCCUCGAAUACGCUAAUUAUAGACCACAACGACUGCUCGCCGUGCAAAUGACGUAGAAACAAAGUUGAGUACCAGUUGAUUUCCUUGGUACAAUUUUUAUUUUACGUUGUACCAAGAUUUCAACGUCAGAUGCCUCGACGAUGUGUCCAUAUAGUAUAGCUUCUGCAAGUUUUGAAGUUGCAUGAUAAGAGGCAUGUUUGUAUACGCGUAGUGGUUACACUUUUUAAUAUCGGUUUCAAGACCUACUGAUUGUACAGUUAUUCAUCAUUAUUUUCUUCCUAUUUAAAUUUCAACGAUGGCAUCCACCUGCGCUUCUGAUGAUGGAAACUUCCUUGUAAAUUAUUUUACUUAAUCUGCUGAUGGGCCACGAACAUGUCUCCGAUCGCGGUUCAAAAUUUGUUGCUAGCUGUGUGGCAUAAAUGGUUGUAUAUCAAAUUAGCCCAAAUUCCUAAAUGAACUGUGGCAACUGUAUUGUUAUUGCUACGAAUUUAGCUCCAGCGAGUCGCAAGUCAAUGCGGAGACGCGUUUCCUCCGCUGCUCGCUUCGUGGCAAUUCUAUCGCGUUUCUCUUGAUGCAAGUCACCUUUUGUGGAUUAUUCCACGUAGCUCUCAUGUUUUUGAUAUUCAAAAUUGAUCCCACUGAUGCGCAUGUUAUGUCAUCUCCGUACCAACCUAAUUUGAUCAUCUAUCUCAAUGUUCUACAGCAUUAAGCCGCUCGCAAAGCAAGAGCCGGUCAAUGUUCAAGUGUAUCUGGUGUGAUAUUAUUCCGACUACAAUACUCAUUCUUUGUAAUUUCUGGUGCUGCUUUCGUUUUUGAAGAAGCUGACGUUUAUGUAGUUAUGGAAAAUAGAACUAGAGCUCCCAUAUCAGCAUAGAACAGUCAUUCAAUGGCAAUAUAUCAUUAGCUUUUUGGUGUUAGUGCUGUAGUGGUUUUGUAAUUGACUCUUGAGAUCUUUUGGUUAUUUCUUUCCAGCGCCUGUUGAUGGAUGACGACGGGCUAUUUAAUUGUAUUUAUUAUUGUUUGAAAUUAAAUCUUUUAAAUGCGUUGUCGACAAAGAUCACCAAGGAAAUGAAAUAUUAAAAUGCUGUGAUUUGGUUUUCAAGGGCCAGGUGAUUUUAUAUAUGAUGACCUCCUAGCUACUGAUGUUGCCUGCAAUUGUGUGUAAAUAGACGUCAAUAAGGCUGUUGCUUCAUUUUUAUAAAUACAUAUGUAUAUAGUAUCGCAUAA